UUUCUGAAAAUCUAUUUUUUGGCGACAUUUCUUUAUAAAAUAAUGCCUCACAUUCGCUUAAAACAGCCCUCGAGCCCUACAAAGCAUUGCCUGGAAGAUAUUGAAUGGGAUCACAAAGUUUCUGAUAUCAAAGCGAAGGCAUUUCCACUAACAAACAUACCUGAAACCGAGCAAGAUUUAAUAUAUUGUGGGAGGAUUAUGAAAGACGAUAGUGCUCUGAGAAAUUAUGGAAUAGUUGAUGGCUGUACUGUUUUCGUUAUAAGAAAACGCCCUUCUUCUAAYCCAGUUCAGCCCGAGACUAGUACCACAUCUGUAGAAAAUGUUAUGCAAGUACUUGAGGCAGCUAUCAGAAGUCCAUCAUAUCGAAAAACUGUUGAAAAGAUCCUUAAUAAUCCUGAAAUGAUGGAACAGCUCAUUGCUGCAACACCAGGAUUAUCUGAAGAUCUAACAGCGAUGGCACUUUUACAAGACCAAGAACUGCUUAAGCAAGUUAUUGAAACAGCUGAUAUUGAGCAGGUUGUUAAACAACACCCAUGUUUAGUGGAAGCAGCAUCUUACAUAGCAGCAGCAACAGCUACAGAGGGUGGAGAGGGAAGGUCAGGACGUAUCCGAAAUCUUCAUGCUGGUAAUGAUGCUGAUGAGGACAUGCCUGAUGUUGAGCCGGGGAUGCUGGCCCGUGCUGAAAUGAUUGCAGCUCAAGAAGAAAGCAUUCAAUCUUCCCAAGGAACAAGUGACAGAACACAGCAAGUUACUCCUUCAAUGUUGGCWUCUGCUCUUGCAAGUGCUGGGUUACCAACACCUUCAACUAGUGAAGGGUCAUCCACACGUUCAGCAUCUGCACAACAAAUCUCAAGAGAAGUGUUCUCUGAGGCGAUAGCAAGUGCUUUGGCUGGUGCAGGUAGCAGUCGUUCAUCAACAAGAGAAGAUAACAAUUCAACAAAUUUACAGACUCAACUGCAACAGUUGCRAGACAUGGGAAUUACAGAUGAUGAGGUCAGCUUGCGAGCUUUAAGAGCCACUGGUGGUAACGUGCAUGCUGCUUUAGAAUUUAUUUUUGGAGGAACAUGAUUGUCACAAGAACUAUAACAGUAUUGAUAAGGCAUAUCAAAAUUUAAUAAUAUAUUUUUGAGUUACUGACUUAAUAUCAGUCCAACCAACAUGAGAUAACAUUUCUCAAAAGUACUGCCUUUGGCUCAUUCACCAAACAUGGUGGUAAUAGCAGGUUUGCUCUAUAUUGCUUAGAGGAACAUUUUUGGAAAAUUUCAAACAAUGUGGAUUCAUCUUAUCAAAUUGUCAUAAUUAAUACAGCAAUUCAAUGAAAAAUUUAAGUUUUUUURUACUCUUGUAUAUAAGAAACAGUAGCACAAAAGUUAUUAAAAGCCAUGAAUAUGAAGCUAUCUUG